AUGCGGAUUUCGACCGAAAGAGGGCGCUUUCGCUCUCUCGGCGGAACACAUGGCGAAAAAUCGGAAAGACUAAAUGCCACACAGAAUGGUCUAACCGAUGUUCCCCGCCUUCUAUUCGCAAGUUCCUUGCUCAGUGGAUUCGCUCAGUUCUUCUUAUACGCACAAUAUGACGACUUCUCGAUCUAUGCCGAAGAAGAGUCCAAUGAUCCAGCAGAGAAUACUCUACCUCAAAACAUCAGCUACGAGCUAAUCAUCGGCAAUGAAACGUACACGCUGGACAAUCUAGCCACCUACAAUGUUUCUGUUGAGCUGCAGCUUCCCGAUACCCGCUCCUUGCGGCAUCUGUUCAUGUUGAACACCGCCUUUAUCGACGCGGUUUGGCAGCCAUUCGAAACGAUCGAAGACUUCUUAUUCGAGCUACUUACUCUCCAAGUCGACGAUCAUUUGGACUACGUUUCUAACAACUGGCAAAAGGUGGCCAAGUUCGAAACAGGCUACCUGAUCUGCCUCGCCUUCGGUCUCCUUUUCGUCAUUUCUAUGCCCAUCGUCGGUUUGAUUUUCUGCUCCUGUCGAUUGUGCAACAACUGCGGCGGAAGAAGAUACCAGGACAUCAAGGAUGCCAAAUCGGGCUGGCGAAUAUUUCAUUUCCUCGCGCUGAUGCUGACCAAUUCCAUCCUCAUUAUUCCAAUGGUGUUCAUCUUUUUGACGAAUGAUUGGAUCGGAACUGUUCUUCAAGAAGCUGGACCGGCUGUUCUUGCGAAUAUUGAUCACAUUUAUGGAUAUACAGGUUCAAUAAAGACGCAAAUGGACGACAUUUACAACAACUACAAAUUCGUCGAAAACUUGACGACUCUUCAACUGGAAAACAUCGGCAGCGUCCUCGGCGAUCCGAUUCAAACGGAGCUGCGAGCGAGUUUUAACCCUUUAUUCGGCGAACUCGGCGAGUUUCAGAUCGUCCUCGACGGAGUGACGAGCACGCUCUCUUCUGUGGAUCAAAACUUGGCGAGGAUUUCGAACGGCGUCAAGACUUUCGAAGGGACGCUGGAAACAAUCAAGACCAGCAUCGAAGCGGAUCUGGCAUUCGACAAUUGCGACAAGAACGCGGCGUGCAGCAUGCUCAAGGGAUUCACCGCCAAAUUGCAGCUCGGCGGCGACUUUCAGUCGGUAAGUUUCUGGACGAGUAUUUACCCAGAGCUGCGACAAGUCGCCGACUUUUUCAAGUACAUCUACUACCCCUUCAUUGAGACACUUGACGAUAUGUCGUUGGAAAUAAAAGAGCUGCAAGAUGCUCUCGCGCGAUACAACCUCACAAAUGUCAUCAUUCUCGGCGAAAACGCAAUCAACGACAUUCCAAACACAAUCGACCGCUACACGAGUUCCAUGAUCAACGACAUCAUCGGCCCUGGCGGCAUCUUCGAAAGCGUCGACCAGGACGUCCAGCGCGUGAUUGACCAAGUAGACGACUACCUCGACGUCAACAACACAAUCGACCUGCAAGAGCACCGGCAGACGGUGCAAGACAUUGCCAACGAAAUUCCAGAGGCGGAAAAGUACAGAAACAUUAUCGGCUUGACGAUAGGCAGCAUGGUAGCGCUUGUUGUCGGCGCAAACUCGCUGGGAAUUAUGCUCGGCUUUUGCGGCUACAAACGCGAGGCAACGCCGACAAACAGAUCUUCAGCGUCGAAUCUGGGCGGCAUUUUCUUGAUGAUGUCGGUCAGCUUCAGCUUCAUUUUCGGCUGGCUUCUGAUGAUGCUCUCAAUUAUCGCCUUCACUGUAGGCGGCCACGGAGAAAAGUACUUUUGCCAGACGAUGCAGGAGGACUCUCAGGGCAAUUUCACCGGCCUGGAGUUCAUCUCACAGCUCGCAAGUUUGAAUAUCAGCAUAAGCAGCAACUCGUCAAUAUCGUCAUUAGAUUUGUCCUCAUCCUUAUUGAUGUGUAAAAACAACACGGGUUUGUACAAAUUGCUCGAGCUGGACCAGAUGUUCGACUUGGACGAGCUCUUCAACUUGACAAAGUACAACCAACUAGUGGACGAGCAAUUCGAUCAAAUAGGAGCUGUGCUGAAUGGAACUCUCGACGGAUUUCUCAGCGAAGAUGAUAUAGCGAAUAUUGAAGUGUUGAAGAAUGGUUCCUGGAGACAUAUCGACUACGCAACUUACUUGAAAGAAGUAAAUAAGGGUCUCACAUCGAUCGAUCUUGAGAGCUUUGCUGGGAUGCUGAAUGAAACAUCUGUCGACAUCGAAAACAACCCCUCGCCCAUGACAAAUAUCGAAAAAGCGACUACUGUUGCUAAAUUGCAAAAACACAGCUACGAUGUUCUGAAUCUGUAUCAAACGCAAAUCGAGCCGCUGGAAAGUGCCCUCGCCGAUCUGGAAAACGAUUUGGACAAUUUGAAGGACACGGCGGAAACUGUCGACUCUUCGCUCGAUGCUUUAAUCGAAGAAGCCCGCAUUGUUAACGAAACUCUCAUUACAGUCACGCCCGAAAGCUUGAAUCAAAUCGCGAGAAGAUACUCGAGUGACAUCGCCGGCCGAAUUCAAACCUUCUCGUCCUGGCUCAAAGUCCAAGUGGAGGAAAACGUCGGAGCGUGUCAACCGAUUUACGGAAUUUAUACAAAUGUCAUGAACAUUGCCUGCUCCUACUUUGUCGACUCGUUAAAUGCUUUUUGGUUUUCUUUGGCUUGGGCGACAGUAUUUUUGAUCCCUUCGAUGAUUUUCGGCGCGAAACUGCACAAGUGGUUCCGGCGAAUGAAGCAAGAAGAGUAUUUCGACGAAGUGGCGCUGGGAAUGAACCGCUCCGGCCAGUUCUAUAACGAGGGCUUUGACUCUGAGUCGGAUUAUUCCUACUCCGAUUAG